UUUUAGUCCGUUCUGCUCUAUAACCGCUGUCAAAGAAAAAAAUAGCAUUGACCCUGGAAAUGCUGAUGGAAGCUGUGAAAAUAGAAAUGGGCGCUACAGAGCGGUGGCCAGAUAAUGUCAAACUUUACCAACAAUAUCAGGCUGAGCAGAUAACGUUUCCCGACUAUGCGGCCAGUCUAAGUGUGAAAACUUUCUUAUACAUGUGUGGUCUGGAGUUCUCUACGGUGCCAAAAAUCAAUGCAGAAGAAAUGUCCCCAUCAGGACGAGUGCCUUUUAUACACAUAGGACCAUUCCUUGUCUCAGAGUUUGAGCCUAUCGUUGCUUAUGUACAAACCAGGGGUUUUGGGCUGAAUGAUGAUCUAACAGACGUCCAGAAGUCCGAGCUGAAGGCUUACAUCAAGCUCAUUGGUAGUACGCUGGUCAAUGCUGAGCUUUAUCUGUCAUGGCUUGUGCCCGAGGUUUAUGAAAAGGUAACAAAGGCCCGCUAUGGUGCAAUGUAUGCCUGGCCCCUGAACUGUAUUCUACCCUACCAGAAGUUUCUGAGUGUGCAAAAACAACUGGCUGCAUCGGAGUGGAAAAACAAGACUUUCGCUGAGGUGUGUGAGGAAGUUGAGACAUGCUGUCAGGCGUUGAAUGACAGACUGGGAACACAGAAUUUCUUCUUUGGAAAGAAACCAACAGAGCUUGAUGCGCUGGUAUUUGGACACAUUUCAACUUUACUGACGACCGACCUGCCACGAAAUGAGUUUGCAGACAUUAUACGAAGAUACGAUAAUCUUCUCGUUUUCUUAAAAAGAAUUGAUGCCGAGUACUUUGAUGCACUUAGAAAUUCUUAUUAAAUGGGUACAUCAUUUUGACAAACAUUAAACUGGAUUUAAACUCUGAUGUGCAAACUUUAAGCUGGAAGAUAUGUUGAAAGCUGCGUCAUACGACCAGCGUCAUUCUAAAAUGGGUCUUAAGCCAUAUGUCGCUAAAGAGACCACGUUACCUUUUGGUAUUUUAUAGCAAACAGUAUAUCUCCUGACCAGGCAAAGCGCAUGCGAAGGCUGGUCUGGAGCUACAGUGGUUGCAUAUGGCAUGUGACCUUUUUUGCAUGAGGCAGAGCAUUUAUGCUUUGAGCAUGUUUUAAAUGGAUACACACAAUUUCAGCAAAGUUAUAAUGAAGAUAUGUGACAUUUGUUAUAAAUAUUGUUUGUUUGUAUAGAAAAAUAAAUAUGAUAAUAAUAUAAGAAA